AUGUUUGCUGGUCGGAGACUCAACACAGUUCCCAGGCUGUUGAAAGCACCAUCAACUCAGCUUCGAUACGCCAGUCAAGCAUCUUCCGAAGCGCGUCUCAACCGACCCAUCGACUUCAAAAAGACCGCCGUCCUCCACCAAUCACAGAACAGUGCCAGGACUGCCUAUGGCCUCUCUCAAGAUGCACCGGUCGACUGGGUGAACCUGCAUGGUGCCAUCAAUGUCUCUCUCCAUCAUGCUUUGAAGAGCGACGAGAAUGUGCUUCUCUUUGGCGAAGACGUGGCCUUUGGCGGCGUCUUUCGAUGCUCAAAGGGCUUGACGGAUGAAUUUGGCACCAGUAGAGUGUUCAAUACUCCCCUUUCUGAGCAAGGGAUUGUCGGUUUCGCCAUUGGCUGUGCGGCCGAGGGCAUGAAACCUGUCGCAGAAAUCCAGUUUGCAGAUUACGUCUUCCCGGCAUUUGAUCAGCUAGUCAAUGAGGCCGCCAAAUUCCGGUACAGAGAAGGCGCGACGGGCGGCAACUGUGGGGGCCUGGUGGUGCGAAUGCCGUGCGGCAGCGUCGGCCAUGGCGCUCUCUACCACUCUCAAAGUCCCGAAUCACUAUUCACACAUGUGCCCGGUCUACGGGUCAUCAUGCCUCGAUCACCCAGCCAAGCAAAGGGACUGCUCACGGCGUCCAUUCUUCACUCCCACGACCCGGUCAUCUUCAUGGAACCAAAAGUGCUCUACCGGGCUGCCGAGGAAUUUGUGCCCAGAGACCCAUACACGCUACCACUGGACAAGGCAGAAAUACUGAAGCAAGGCAAAGAUCUGACAGUCAUCUCCUACGGCCAGCCGCUGUACCUUUGCUCCGCCGCUAUUGAAGCCUUGGAGAAGGAAAUCAAAGGUCUGAGUAUCGAACUCAUUGAUCUGAGGGCCAUAUAUCCCUGGGAUCGAGCCACUAUUAUGGAUAGCGUGAACAGGACCGGGCGAGCAGUUGUGGUGCAUGAGAGCAUGUACAACGCAGGUGUGGGAGCCGAAGUCGCCGCAAGUAUCCAAGAAGGGGCGUUCCUUCGACUGGAGGCUCCUGUGGCCAGGGUCACGGGCUGGAGCACGCAUCCAGGGCUAAUCUUUGAGAAAUUCAAUAUUCCGGAUAUUACGAGAAUAUAUGACACAAUCAAACGAACACUGGAAUAUUGA